AUAUUUAUAGGUGGGGAUUUCCCGUUAGUGGUGGAUGAUAUCCUCCUGAUUGCUACAUUACUUCGCUGUAGGAAUUACAACCUUCACCUUAAAAACUGAAAAAGACCUACAGUGACCACAGCGGAGAAAAUGUCUCUAGAAAAUGCUUCUGGGCACCUUCAUAGUCAUGGCAGUCUGGUCGCAGAAGAGGUACAUUUCAGAAAGGUGGAAGGGAACAGACUUGUGAAACUUGGGCAGUGCUGUACCAUAGUGGACAUCCAUGUACUAGACGUGGGUCUACAAGAUCACGAACAAAAGCAAAGGCUCCUCACAUUCGUCUGGAAUGAUCUUAAUCUGUCAGCAACACUAAAAUUUACCAAGCUACAAUUUAGCAUAACAUAUUUGCCCCCUUCGUUCCAAAACUCAAUGUGUUCAGGUCUUGAAGAGGACAAUUUCAACCACUGCAGAAAGUUUGUUGCAAAUGUGUAUAAGGAAUACAAGGCAAUGGUAGUUGCCGUCACUCCAAAGUCCACUCUUUUUGAGGUGGUUCAUCAGGAUGAAUGUUCACUGCAAAGUAUGAUAGAAGGGAGGACUAAUCUAGAGAAAAUGUUCAAAGACUUGGUAUUUGACUGUACAAAAACUGUACCAGAAGUGUCACUGGAUAUCUUUGAAACUGGUGAUGUGGAGCACCUGAGAUACAACAUGGACGAGGCAACUCAAAGGGACCUUGAAAAGCAUUGGUCAUCUGCUGCGGAACAAAGCCGAUCUCUUGCCUCUUCAAGUAUGAGGUCCACUUUCAUGACAAGGGGGUCGUCGCAGGAGAAUCGAAGAAAUACUGAUCAGAGUGAACUUAAUGAGAUCCUAAGCAUGCUGGCUGGCAUUGAGGAAGAUCUGAAGAUGCGAACAGAAUCCAUGAAGAGAUCUCCAUCCUCACCCAACACCAUACCAGACCGUGGUCUGCCUAUCGAUUCACAAAUGAAACAGCUUCGGCUUGCAGUAUCUAACACAAAUCCAUCUCCACUCCCAAACUUGCAACAAGGAGGGGCAAGAAUACCAGUCAGUAAAGCAGAUCUGGCUGAAAGUCUCAAGGGUGAAGCCGCGGUUGGUGAAUAUGCAAAUGUUUUACCAAAACUGGAACUCAAACAACCUUCCUCGGAUCAAGCGGAUGCAGAUCACAAGAAACUACCAUCACCAUCAUUCCAAUCCCAAGAGACAUCCUCCCAGGGCACUGCGUUUUCGCCAGAUCGGACGACAGUUAAAAUGAAAGAAGGCAACGUAUCUGAAGGUAUGAUGGCAUUGAUGAGACAUGCUCGAGGUGGUGGUGCUGAAGAAGAUCUACAGAUACUCAGACUGACUGAAGCUGUCGAAAGAGCAAAGAUGGAUGAAGUGCCAGUUCCACCACGAGCUGAUUCGCUGGAUACAAUAUUAUGUCUGGAUGCAUCAGAGAGCAUGAUGGAGAAAAUAGAAGACGUGAAAAGGAUUGCCCACUCAUUUGUAGAUGGCUUAGAAGACAUAGCAGAGCAAUAUGGUCUUGAAGAAAAUGUCGCCGUGGUCAAGAUAGCUGGCGAGGCUAGUGUUAUCCAGCAUCUUACAAAUGACUUUACAAGAGUCCGAGAUGCUAUAGAUUCACUGCAACCUUUUGGAAGAUCACCCUUCUUUGAAGCUCUUAUGGUUUGCCUGGCUUCAUUGCAGGGGAAAGGGCGAAUCGUAAACGUAGCUGGAUGUCACAAGAUUCGACCAAGGGUGCUGUUUAUCACAGAUGGCAGACCAACCAAUGAAGCUCAGUGGUCAGGACCAGACAAUGAUCCGGGGAGUAUGUCGCAUAAACUGCCUAUUAUUCGACUGGUCACUGACUUUGGGUCCAAGAAAUCCAGCAAAACACCCAACCCGAUAAUAUGGAUUCCAGUCGGAGAUGAUGCUGAUAAGGACUUCUUGAAAUCACUUGCAACAUUGGGAAAUGGAUUUCUCGCAGAUGAAAAGGACAUUCCAAGGCUAUGUCGCUACUACAGAAUACAGGAGGGCAUUGGCAAGGUGGCCAGCUGCGUUCUGCGGGACAAAGAAUACUACGAGAACAUAUCAGGAGCUGUUGAAGCUGUGGCUGAAGGCCUCCUACCGAAUCUAUUGCCGGAGGAUAAGAGGGAAAUUGUAGCCGAUGUCAACGUGAAGAUGAAAACCCACAAGACCGAAGGAAAACCUGAUGAUUUUGAAGACAUUCACGAAGAUAUCAAAAUGUUUCCCCCUCUCGGAUCAAGAGUUAUGCGAGGUCCGGAAUGGAUGUGGAAAAACCAGGACACGGAAGGUCCCGGCACUAUCAUAAACCAUAACCGUCUUGAUAAAUGGCUCUGGGUGAAAUGGGAUAACGGAGAGCAGAAUGUGUACAGGUACGGAGAGGACAACAACUAUGACGUCAUUCUUGUUGAUGGUCUACCCCGCAUACCAGAUUCAGAUGACAUUCAGAUAGGGGUCCGAGUCACGAGAGGUCCACACUGGUACACUGAUGACGAGGAUGGAGGAGAAGGGAGCACCGGCGUCGUCAUCAGGAAGAGAGGGAAGACCGAGGUCAAGGUCAGAUGGGACAACGGCAACAUAAGACGUUAUAAACAUGGCAUGGACGGCGUGUUUGAACUACACAUAUGUGACCCUUAUCAGUUCGGUCCCGAACCAUCUGUACCAGAGCACUUACGUGAACCCGACCCACCAAAACCACCGACAAUUGGAACACUUAGACGUAUGUCCAAUGCCCUUGUUGUCUGGCAGUGGCAGGAUGGGGCGGGUCAGUGGAGACUGUACCCCGACUCUCUACAGACUAAAAUAUCUCAGGCAUUCGACAAACGGAAAGGUGGAUCAUGCUUAGUAUCAAAAGAUGGACUUAACUAUAGAAUAUCGUUUACUAACAUGAGUGAGAAAUCUGUGGAAGGAGAUUUACGACACAACGUACAGCGUAUAUCUGUGACAGAUGAAGAAUUAAAAGGCAUGGAAGAAGCAGAGCGACACAUUCAGUCCUAGAUCCCAGCUACCAUCUCCUAACCAAAACUGUUACGAGUUUAGAAAGGAUUCACCAGACAUGCUAAUACGGAUUUUACAAGGACUGAGCAACUAGUGGCCAUAGAUACUAAUAUGUGAUGAGAAAGGACUGACCACAGAUACUAAUAUGUGAAGAGAAAGGAAUGAUACCAGCUGCGAAUAUGAUUUGAGAAAGGACUGAUCACAGAUGCUAAUAUGUGAUGCGAAAGGACUGAUCACAGAUGCUUAUAUGUGAUGAGAAAGGACUGAUCACAGAUGCUAAUAUGUGAUGAAAAGGACUGAUCACAGAUGCUAGUAUGUGAUGAGAAAGGACUGAUCACAGAUGCUAACAUGUCAUGCGAAAGGACUGAUCACAGAUGCUAACAUGUCAUGCGAAAGGACUGAUCACAGAUGCUAAUAUUUGAUGAAAAAGGACUGAUCACAGAUGCUAGUAUGUGAAGAGAAAGGACUGAUCACAGAUGCUAAUAUGUCAUGCGAAAGGACUGAUCACAGAUGCUAAUAUGUCAUGCGAAAGGACUGAUCACAGAUGCUAGUAUGUGAUGAGAAAGGACUGAUCACAGAUGCUAAUAUUUGAUGAAAAAGGACUGAUCACAGAUGCUAAUAUGUAAUACGAAAGGACUGAUCACAGAUGCUAGUAUGUGAUGAGAAAGGACUGGUCACAGAUGCUAAUAUGUGAUGAGAAAGGACUGAUCACAGAUGCUAGUAUGUGAUGAGAAAGGACUGAUCACAGAUGCUAGUAUUUGAUGAGAAAGGGCUGAUCACAGAUGCUAAUAUUUGAUGAAAAAGGACUGAUCACAGAUGCUAAUAUGUCAUGCGAAAGGACUGAUCACAGAUGCUAGUAUGUGAAGAGAAAGGACUGAUCACAGAUGCUAGUAUGUGAUGAGAAAGGACUGAUCACAGAUGCUAAUAUGUGAUGAGAAAGGACUGAUCCCACUUAAUAACCAGAUAACCAGUUGAGAAAGGACCGGUCUGUAAUGGUGAAUGGAAUAAUACGAUUGUUCAUAUAAGACAAGAUAGGGAGUUAUGUUUGUCUUUUGAAUGUCAUAAGUGAAUGUAUCCUGUGUAAUAUAUACGGAUAGAUUUAUCAAAUACUUGCAGUUUUAGGUAUUUGUGUUGCUCUUUCAGCGUGAAAGAAGGAACAGUUAUCAAACAGUCUUUCUAAGAUAUCAUAAAUGUCGGCAGGUGUUCUUUUCAGUUAUUGUAGAUUACAUAUAAUCUAUACAAUGGAUAGUUUCAAUGGAUAUUGACGUAAAGCAAGAGAUACAAAUCACAUUGUACUUUAUUGUCAUAUAUCUUAUUUUAUGAACACA